CUUUUUAUAGAUUUCAUUAGUUAGAUUUUAUCUCAAUAUGAAAACUAUCAAAAGAUGUGUUAAGUACGAUGACAAGUUUGAGGACUACUCUGAUAUCUCUUCUGACAAACAAGGCACGUAUUACCAGUUUCUUGUUGAGAGAAAAGUACCAAAUGGAACCCUUCGACAUAUAGCCUCGUUGAUAAAUGUCACAUAUGAAUUUAUUCCUGAUAAUUGUUCGAGCAAAAGACAGAAGGUGAAAGAACAGGAGGAUCCAUGUAGCUCAUCCUUCCAGGAUAAGAAAGAAAAUCUCAGAUACUUUGCUAACAUGAAUGAUAACUUAAUAAGUGAAGAGCUUAAUGCUCUCCAGAAUAUGGAGCUUAAAAUGCUUGAAGAUAAGCCUAAAAGAAGGGUUGCCAAGAAUUCUGAAAAGAUUACUAAAAGCAAGGCCUUCUUUCAAAGUCUCCCUUUCAGAGGUUCGGAUUGAAGAACCAAGGAGGAAACGGACGUAAUAACAAUCUGUAAGAAGUCUAGCAAGACUUACAAACAUAGUAAGAGUACUACAAUUGAGUUAGAUCACCAGCUUCCAUUUUUAAGGAAUCAGAAGCUGAUUCCAUGAAAUUUGAAAAUGGGAAAUCAUAAGAAAGAAAAGUGAUCAAACCCUAGGUGUCAUGAAAAAGCAAAAUAUUUUAUUACUUAUGUGAAUAAAGCAGAGAGACAAGAUAUCGCUUCAAAGACUGGUUUAAAAGAGCUCCCUAUGAAGAAGAGCAAGAGUAUGGCCUGUAAAGUAAAGGAAGACUCACUAAAUCUUGGCAUUAAGCGAAACUCUAAGGUGAAAUAUGUCAAGGCAGAUGUGUUCCGUAAGCACGAGAAAAUUAGGGACCAGCUUUUCGAAGAAAAGAUAUCUGAGUUGGUACAUCGGACUGAGAACAGGCAAGAAGAAAAAACAACUUCAUUUUUUAAUGAUGGCAAUUUGAACUUCCAGCACACUCCUAUUGAUGAUCCAUGUGAGGUUGGAGGCUUAGUUGAAGACUCUGGGGAAGUAACUCCACAUGAUAACAACGAAUUUGUCAUAGCCCAGGAUUACGGAAGUUUUGACGAUGGUGAAAACCUCGACUCCCAAUACUCCUCAAUGCUAGGAGAGAGUAUAUCAGGAGAAUUUAACUUAGAAGUUGUGGGUAGUAAGAUCGACCUUCCUAAGGUAGACACAUUAGCCAACAUCGAUGAAGAUGCCAGUAAGCCAAGCGGACCAUGCCAAUUGGGCUCUAAGAUAACUUUCGGGGAGCCCUCUGGUGAGGUUUUUGGCUUAACUUUUGACAACAAUUGUAAUGGGAUCUUCUGUAAUGAUGGGAACAAUGAGUUUCUACCUAUUAAUACACUUCAAACAGAUAACUAA